UCCAGAUACUCAAAUAUUACAAGAAUAGGGCAAGGUGCUUUUGGAAGUGUUUUUAAAGUAACUGAUACAAAGGAUAGAAACAGACUGAAAGCAAUCAAGCUUGUUAAAUUUGAAUCAUUGACUGAUCUUAAUACAAUCAUGAAAGAAGCUUCUCAAUUGAGUUGUGUAAAUCAUCCAAACAUUAUCAAAAUGAAUGAUUAUUUCAUCACCAAUGACAAGUCGUUAAUUAUUGAUAUGGAUUACUAUGAAAUGGGUGAUUUGGCUCAGUUGAAACCAGAAUAUUGUACUGAGAAGCUUAUCCAACAAAUAUUGAAGCAAUCACUAAGUGCUUUGAAAUAUGUACACGAGGAAAUGAAUAUUAUUCAUAGAGAUAUCAAACCAACCAAUAUUUUCAUAAAGAAGUUGACUAGUGAUAAUAUUGAGAUUGUCUUGGCAGAUUUUGGAUUAGCCAAA